CCGGGUGUUCACCUCGCAGCAGCCCAGGGCUGCGUCUUCGACCUGUGGCCAGCGUGGGAGCGGCUGCCUGCUCGCGGGACAGGGCAGGGCUUCAGCCCACGUGCGUCCUAGGUUGCAGUGGUGACAGCCGUCCCCAGCCGGGUACUGACUAGGAGGGCGCAAGGGUGGAUUCCGCGCUGCGUGACCAUUGGCCCUGCGUCUCAGACCUGGGGCGGAGCCUCGCCAUUGAAGGCCCUGUUAUUGGUGAGCUUCAUAUGUGGGCGUGCCCCAACCGGGUCCUCCGCAGCUCUCAGAACCGCAGGCAACCCGGCCGGCUCAACCUGCGCCGGGCCGCCUCGCUCGCUUCGGGCUCGGCAGGCGGCCCGCGGGGUCCCGGAUCUCUGCGCCCUCAGCCAGAGGCCUAGGCAGGAGCUGACCUGAGACCCGGAGGCCGACGAGACCUUCGGUCACUUUUAGAGGGAGAAAAUGCAGACAUAGAGGCUACUGACCCCAGAAACGGAUCAGGAUCAGGAGGUCCUGCUUGCCCGUGGUGAGUCAAAGCAGCUAAGCUGGGCUCUUGAACCAUGGGAGAAAAUGAAGACGAGAAGCAGGCCCAGGCCGGCCAGGUCUUUGAGAACUUCGUGCAAGCUACCACAUGCAAAGGGACCCUCCAGGCCUUCAACAUCCUCACCUGCCUCCUGGACCUCGAUCCGCUGGACCAUAGGAACUUCUACUCCCAGCUCAAGUCCAAGGUGAACACCUGGAAGGCCAAAGCCCUGUGGCACAAGCUGGACAAGCGUGGCUCGCACAAGGAGUAUAGGCGAGGGAAAGCCUGCGUGAACACCAAGUGUCUCAUUGUCGGAGGAGGACCUUGUGGCCUGCGGACAGCCAUUGAACUUGCCUACCUGGGAGCCAAAGUGGUUGUGGUGGAAAAGAGGGACACCUUUUCCCGGAACAAUGUGCUUCACCUCUGGCCCUUCACUAUUCAUGACCUGCGGGGCCUGGGAGCCAAGAAGUUCUAUGGGAAAUUCUGUGCUGGCUCCAUCGACCACAUCAGUAUCCGUCAAUUGCAGCUCAUCUUGUUCAAGGUGGCCCUGAUGCUGGGAGUGGAGAUCCACGUGAAUGUGGAGUUUGUGAGGGUUCUAGAGCCUCCUGAAGACCAAGAAAAUCAAAAAGUCGGAUGGCGGGCAGAAUUCCUCCCUGCAGACCACGCCCUGUCUGACUUUGAGUUUGACGUCAUCAUUGGUGCUGAUGGCCAUAGGAACACACUAGAAGGGUUCAGGAGGAAGGAGUUCCGAGGGAAGCUGGCCAUCGCCAUCACUGCCAACUUCAUAAACAGGAACAGCACAGCAGAGGCCAAGGUGGAGGAGAUCAGUGGCGUGGCCUUCAUCUUCAACCAGAAGUUCUUCCAGGACCUGAAGGAAGAGACAGGGAUUGAUCUCGAAAACAUUGUUUACUACAAGGACUGCACCCACUACUUUGUCAUGACAGCCAAGAAGCAGAGCCUGCUGGACAAAGGCGUCAUCAUUAACGACUACAUUGACACAGAGAUGUUGCUGUGUGGGGAAAAUGUAAACCAGGACAACCUGCUCUCCUACGCCCGUGAGGCCGCUGAUUUUGCCACCAAUUACCAGCUGCCGUCCCUAGACUUUGCCGUAAACCACAAUGGGCAGCCUGAUGUGGCCAUGUUCGACUUCACCUCCAUGUACGCCUCCGAGAACGCAGCCCUGAUGCGCGAGCGCCAGGCACACCAGCUGCUCGUGGCCCUUGUGGGUGACAGCUUGCUUGAGCCGUUCUGGCCCAUGGGCACAGGCUGCGCCCGGGGCUUCCUGGCAGCCUUUGACACAGCGUGGAUGGUAAAGAGCUGGGAUCAGGGCACCCCUCCCCUGGAGGUGCUAGCUGAAAGAGAGAGUCUUUACCGGCUGUUACCUCAGACAACCCCAGAGAACAUCAACAAAAAUUUCGAACAGUACACAUUGGACCCAGCCACACGGUACCCAAACCUCAACUUGCACUGCGUCAGGCCUCACCAGGUGAAGCAUUUGUACAUCACUAAGGAACUGGACCGCUUCUCUCUCGAGAGAUGGGGCUCGGUGAGGAGAUCAGUCAACCUCUCCAGGCGGGAGUCAGACAUACGGCCUAACAAGCUCCUAACCUGGUGCCAGCAGCAGACCGAGGGUUACCAGCGCGUCAACGUCACCGACCUGACCACAUCCUGGCGCAGCGGCUUGGCCCUGUGUGCCAUCAUCCACCGCUUCCGGCCAGAGCUGAUCAACUUUGACUCGCUGAAUGAGGAUGACGCCGUGGGGAACAAUCAACUGGCAUUUGAUGUGGCCAAGCGGGAGUUUGGGAUCUUGCCCAUGACCACGGGCAAAGAGAUGGCGUCUACCCAGGAGCCUGACAAGCUCAGCAUGGUCAUGUACCUCUCCAAGUUCUAUGAGCUCUUCCGAGGCGCCCCACUGAGACCCAUGGAUUCCUGGCGUAAAAACUAUGGAGAAAAUGCUGACUUCGUCUUGGGCAAAUCGUUCAUUCCGAAUAACUAUCUCAACCUCACGUUUCCCAGGAAGAGGACUCCACGGGUAGACACCCAGACUGAAGAAAACGACAUGAACAAGAGAAGACGGCAGGGCUUUAACAACCUGGAGGAGCUGUCAGCCUUCUCCAGCCGUAGCCUGGGCUCCACUCAAGAGUGCAGUAAAGAAGGCGCCAAUCAGAACAAAGUCAAGUCCAUGGCCAACCAGCUGCUUGCCAAGUUUGAGGAAAACACACGGAACCCUUCAGCCCUGAAACAGGAAUCCGUGCGAAAGACAUUUCCCCGGAGCCUGGGUGGCAGCGACACCUGCUACUUUUGUAAGAAGCGCGUGUAUGUGAUGGAGCGACUGAGCGCUGAGGGCCACUUCUUCCACCGUGAAUGCUUCCGGUGCAGCGUCUGCGCCACCACCCUGCGCCUGGCUGCCUAUGCCUUCGACUGCGAUGAAGGCAAAUUUUACUGCAAGCCCCAUUUCAUUCAUUGUAAAACCAGCAGCAAACAACGCAAGAGGCGGGCGGAGCUAAAGCAGCAAAGAGAGGAGGAAGGGACGUGGCAGGAGCAGGAAGCACCUCGGAGAGACACUCCCACGGAGAGCUCUUGUGCAGUGGCGGCCAUCAGCACCCCAGAAGGCAGCCCCCCAGAUGAGCCCACCUCUCCCAAGAAGCCAAAGAGUGUCCCUGAGCCCACACCCAGAGUCAUGGAAGUUGAAGCCACCUCUCCCCGACCCUCUGAAUGGACUUCAGUGAGGAUCAGCCCUGAGGAGGAGGAUACAGUCGGGCAGGAUGUGCUGGCUGUACGUGUCCUCGUCACCAGUGAGGACAGCAGCUCUGAUACAGAAUCCGACGAUGACAGCGUCACGGGCCCCUGUGAAGAGGCUGGUGAGGAAAGACCCCAGCUUCCAGAAUGCCCACCUCCGUCAAAGACCCUAGCCCGGCGCACCUCCCUGCAGGAGCCCCUGACCCGGCCAGUCUCCCUACUACACCACAGGGAACCACAAGCUAUGUCUGCUCUGCAACGGGCCCACAGCCUCCAGUCCCCAGCCCCAAGCAAAUACCAGAGCUGGAGAAGAGAGUUCCAGUCCAAUUCGACAUCCAUGAAGCAAAGAACACCAUCGCCUCCAGAGGAGCCUCCUCCUCCUCCUCCUCACCCUCCUCCUCUUCCUCCAUCUUUGCCAUCCUCAUCUUCCCAGCCGCCAUGUUCAUUUUCUUCAGCCAGUGUACCUGGGCACACCACAGAUAAUCCCUCCCUUCCUCGGGUGCCAGCUUACAACCUCCACUCCCCGCAAGUCUCCAGAGGUGAUCUCAGCCCCACUCCAAUCUACCUCAGACGUGCCCGGGCUCAAGGGAUUGCAAAGGAAAUUCCCCUCUAUCUGCCUCAUGGCCCCAUGUUGGAGAACACAAAAUACUCUCCGGUGAGCCCUGGUGAAGACCUCAGAAGCCCAGAGGGCUGCCAGGAAGCACAGGCUCUUGGGAGCACCAAAACCACACCCAAAGAGUCCCACCCCAUUGCAGGGAAGGGCCAGAAUUUGCCCAGUCAAAACCCAGGAGUGAGUGAGAGUCCCCUGAGGGAACAGACAUGUGGCCCGGAGACGUCCAGAGAAAGGAAGCUGGGCUUGAAGAAAUUGGUCCUCACCCAAGAGCAGAAGACCGAGCUGCUAGACUGGAACGGCUCUACCCCUGCGCACAAGGCGGCGGAGCAGUUCUCCCAGGAAAGUGCUGAGGAUGGCAGAGGCCACAGCCUGAAACCCAUCUGCUCCCCCACCCUCUCUCAGGCAGUGAAAGAGAAGCUGCUAUCCCAGAUGAGGACCCAAGGGGAAAUGCAAACCCCAGCUGUCAAGAGAGAAGUGCGUCCGCCCAAGUCCCCCCUGAAGGCCAUGGCAAAUGCCAUCCUAAGAUCCUGGCUCCCCAAUUCUGAAGGUGGAAAGAAGUCCUGCCCCAAACCAGAGUCAAAAACUUUGCCUCGCGGUCAGCAGCAUGCUUUCACUCGUUCCUUUAGCUUCCGGAAACCCGGUUCCAAUAAAGAUGGAGACCAGCCGUCUCCAGGGAGACACAUGGCCAAAAAGGCUUCUGCCUUCUCUCUGACUUCUCCAACAUCCAAGGCUGCCCAGGCCUCAGACCAUAGCCUUUCUGACUCCAUCCUCCGCACCCGGAGUUUGUCCUCUCGUCCAAGCAAGAUGUUCUUUGUAACCACGUCCCCUCCGCCCCGCAACAAGAUUGAAGACGUCCCCACGCUCCUGGAGAAAGUGAGUUUGCAGGAUGCCACUCACGCUCCAAAGAAAGGAGCCCCCAGUAUUUCAUCCCCCGGCCACAAAGAUAAAUCCUUUGUCCAGGAAUGCAAACAAAGAGAGGACAUCAGAGACUUCUUUAAUAGCCACAGGGGGUCACCUGGGAACAGAGUCCCAUCCUUGGAGAAGCUAGUACAGUCUUUUGGCAGCGGCUCCGUGGGGCAGGUGGCACAUCCUUCCUCCACAGGGCAAGAUGCACGCCCUGAAGCUCCAGUGACAGAGGCCACCUCUUCUUCCUCUUCUACUGCCUCCUCCUCUGCUGAGGAAGACCUUGAGUCCCAGCUCUCCUCCAGGAUAAAGGAAAAGGUACUCAGAAGAAGGAGGAGGCUGGAGAAACAGCUGGCUAAGCAAGAAGAAUUGAAGAGACUCCAUAAGGCUCAGGCCAUCCAGAGACAGCUAAAGGAGGUGGAAGAGCGGCAGAUGACAUUGGAGACCCAGGCCGUGGGGCUGGAGAAGGUGCUGAGAGGAGAAGCAGAUUCAGGGACACAGGACAAAGACCAGCUUUUGCAGGAAUGGUUUGAGACGGUUCUGGAGAAGAAUAGAUUAACGCGAUGUGAGUCGGAGCUACAGAUCAUGGCCCAAGAACUAGAACUAGAAGAUCGUCAGAGCCGGCUAGAGCAGAAACUACGACAGAAAAUGCUCAAGGAUGAAAGCCAGAAGGAUGCGAGCGACCUGAAGGAGGAGCAGGAAAUAUUGCAGGAGAUGAUGCAGGUGAUUGAGCAAAGAAACGAGCUUGUGGAUUCUCUAGAGGAGCAACGCGUCAACGAAAGAACCCAAGACCAGCACUUGGAAAACUUUGCUCUCUCCAGAGGCUGUCGGCUCAGCAGGACUUGAGGGGCCCCUCCCCCUCUGAAGUCAGGCAGCCAGGAACUCCACCCUGA